AUGAAAAAUGUUGAAGGCAAGAUGCGGUGGUCCCAUGGCACAUAUGGUCAAGAAAAUUCAUACUUCCGAUUUAAAAAACAGUCAUCCUUUGAUCACUCAGAGAUUCUUGUGCCAGUGAACUGGAAUGACGUCCAACAGUGCCAGCCACGGAGAGGAUUCACUCAAAUAAUUGGGAGUGCCCGUGAGGUGUUUGAUGAUGGGUUUGUGUUGGAUUUAGUGAGUUGGAAUUCGAUGAUAGAUGGCUAUGUGAAGAAUGGGCAGGUUGGUGUUGCGCGUGGGCUGUUUGAUGAGAUGCCUCACAGGGAUACUUUUAGUUGGAAUUCAAUCAUUGCAGGAUACGUGGGUGUUGGGAAAAUGGAGUUGGCGAGAGAGUUGUUUGAAAAGAUGCCAUUUAGAGAUGUUGUUUCUUGGAAUUGUAUGAUUGAUGGGUAUGCUAGGAUUGAAAAUGUUUCAGAGGCUCGUAAGCUUUUCGAUCGGAUGCCUGCAAGGAAUGUUGUUUCUUGGAACACCAUGUUGGCUUUAUAUGUUCGAUCUAAGAAGUAUGUCACCCAGGCUUUAAUCUUGUUUGAUAGGAUGAUGGAAAGAGGGGAGGUUCGGCCUAACAGUGCUUCUCUUGUUAGUAUCUUGACAGCAUGUGCAAAGUUGGGGAGGCUUGAUAAGGGCUUGUGGGUUCAUUCUUUUAUUGAAAAUAACAAGAUUAAAUGUGAUACGUUACUUUCGACUGCUCUCUUAACAAUGUAUGCAAAAUGUGGUGCUAUGGAUUUGGCUAGAGAUGUUUUUAAUAACAUGCCUGACAAAAAUGUGGUGUCAUGGAAUUCCAUGAUCAUGGGAUAUGGUGUGCAUGGCCUUGUCGAGAAAGCCUUGGAUAUGUUCAUCAAUAUGGAAAAGAGUGGUCAAACGCCAAAUGCUGCUACUUUUGUCAGUUGUUUAUCUGCAUGCAAGCAUGCAGGAAAGGUUUUAGAGGGUUGGUGGUGCUUUGAUAUAAUGUGCCGAGUUUAUGAAAUUGAACCCAAGGUGGAGCACUUUGGUUGCAUGUUUCAUCUACUUAAUCAGGUUGGUUUGAUGGAACAUUCAGACGGGCUUAAGAGUGAGAUGUCUGCGGAAGGAGGAUCAACCCUGUGGAGAGCUCUGCUUUCUACAUGUAGGACCCCCUCAAAUUUAGAGCUUGGAGAGGUUGUAGCCACGUGGCUAAUUGACUUGGAACCAAUGGAUGUUGGACCCUAUUUAUUAUUAUCUUACAUAUAUUCUCUGAAAGGGAAAUGGGGUGAAGUAGAAAGCAUUAGAAAGCUUAUCAAGGAUAGGGGAUUGUCAGAAAGAAGUGAGUCACCACAUCGGAGAACCAUGGUAUACUCUAUGUUGAUGGAGUUGGGUGUUCAGCUGAAACUGUCUUGUGGAAAUUCUAUUGGGGUUUGAGAUUUUAGGAAUGAUGGACUAAUUGGAAAACUGCACAAAGGGAAUUUUAUAGCCGAUCAAGAAUAAAAAUUCCAAGAAAACGUCUCUGGAAAAUGCCACAGUUAAGGCAGUGGCUACUAUUCUAUAAACAUCAGAACUGGAUAGGCUUAGAAUAUCCAACUGCAAUUUAUUAGGAUAAGGCAAUGACAACAUAAAGCAAGCUGAAGAGGUGUGUUGAGCCACUUCUUCUUGUUUCAAUAUUUAUUUUGAAUUUUUUUUUAUAGGUCAUAGAUCACUGAGAUAUAAAUCUCUAUGAAGUUGAUUCAGCAGGUUCAGCUUAUGUUAUGCUAUUUUAGAAUCUAGUUGAAGAGCUUUCCUUCUUUCUCCACCCUCUUCAAGUGGAGAUAAUCACCAAAUCAUGUCAUCUUACUUUGCUAUUUUUUGCAUUCAUAAAAUAAUUCAUUUUCAUUACCUUAACCUUAAACCUUCAAGUUUUUUCCUUUUUUUGCCCUUGCGCUUAUGAUGAAUACUGAAGUUCAUACUUUUAGGUUAUUGUUUAUGGUUUGUUCAGAUUUUACUAAGGCUUUUCAGCCAAGGAUGUUUGGCAAUCUAUUCUGAGCUGAUAUUUGUGGUGCUUCUGAUUAUCAUCAUUAUAAGGCACUGUAUUAUUGUUGAUAUUAAUUAGAUUUAUCCAUACCUUAUCUAUUGGAAACUAGUAGAAUUAAGAAGCAUUAUGAUGAUGAAUACAAGGUCAUCUUUGUUAUUUGGUCUUUGAGAACUGCUGAAGGAUUUGCUGCCUGAACAAACAGGGUAUGUUGAAUUCUCAUGAAAAUUAUGAAAUUUGUCUUGUUUAGUUAAGUAAUGGAAUACUAUGUGUGUGGAUAAAACCAGGAAACUGGCUAAAAAUGGAAAUGGACUGAAAAGAGUAAAACUUGAAAAAUAUGUUUAGAAGAAAAAAGUCAAGGUCUUUUCCUUGA